GGUACAGAAUUCCAUUGCAUGCAUUAGCAUAUGUAUUUCUGGCUUUUUGUUGGCUGCAAGACACACUUCAGUUUGUGACUGAGCAAGAAUUGAGAUCAUCAUUCGCCGUGUCUUUGACAAAAGAGGCAUCCAAGACAAACUUCAAACAUCGAUAUAGUUUGAAGAUUCUUUACACGGCGAACUCAAUAGAUGCUCAGGCCGUCCAGCUUCUUGAUUGGAAAGCAAUUGACUGAUGGACAACGCUGAGUCAAGAUGAGAAAGUUGAGAGUUUCUUACACAAUGCAUGCUUAAGUGGUAUCAGCGUUGUAAAAGAAGAAAACAGUACAGUGUUUCUGGACCAUAAUUGUGCAGUGUUAUGGAUAGCUGCAAAACACACUGACAUUUUCUUGCAAUUAUUAUAGAGAGGUGUUUUUCACUCAACGCAUUACUGACCGUUGCCCACCCUGUUACAAAUUCAACGAUGAAAAAGGUGAUAACUGUUGUGGUAGUUUUGUUUCUGUGUGUCACUCAAGUAGUCAUGACCUGCACCGAACUUUCAGAGAGACUGUCCGGCAGUGUGUUCCAGAAGCUGCGUCUAUCGGGCUCCACCUAUGUUGUGAAGUCCUCCCGUACACAGUACCACUGUGCCAUGCAGUGCAUGUAUGAUGUUAUCUGUGCCUCCUUCAACUACGACACAGCGACGUCUUCGUGCGAGCUGAACUACGAAACAUCGACUACAACACCUGGAAAGGUAGUCAACGCACCUGGAUGGAUUAACGCCAAUAAAGAAAGCUUUCCACAGGCUAUGGUCGGGUCAUGUGCUGCUCACCCUUGCCCCCGGGGAAGAGUCUGUGCCCACGGCACCACCCAGUGUCUAGAACGUGAGCUGUGUGUGCAGUUUGAAGGAGCAAAGGCUUUCUACAGAGGAACGCACAAUGUGACCAAGAGCGGCAAGACAUGUCAGCGAUGGGACUCCCACACGCCCCAUGAACACCGCGGAAUGAACGACUCGCCUAGCAACAUGAAAACAAUCACCACUAUGGAGGAGGCUGGGAACAGGUGCUUGACGGAGGACAAUGACAGUAUUCCGUGGUGUUACACUACAGAUUCCUCAAUACGAUGGGAACACUGCAGUAUUCCGGCUUGUUAAGAGC